AUGGCGAGCCUCAGCCACCAGCACUGUGGGAUACUGCUACUCGUAGUCAUAUGCAUAAUCCUUUCAUAUUUUGUACCAUCCAACUUUGCUUCUCCAGUCACUCGACGCUUUCAGUUUAAUUAUCAUUUUCUUUACCAUAAGGUGGAGCGGAAGAAGGUGACAAGAUUGUGUCAUACAAAGCAACUUCUAACAGUGAAUGGACAGUAUCCAGGGCCAACCAUUGUUGUCCAUGAAGGUGAUGCUGUUGAAAUCAAGGUCAAUAAUUGCAUAAACGAAAAUACAACCAUUCAUUGGCAUGGGGUGAAGCAACUAAGAACGGGAUGGGCAGAUGGUCCAGCUUACAUAACACAGUGUCCUAUCAGAACAGGUGAAUCAUACACAUACAAGUUCUCAGUGAUUGGCCAAAGAGGGACACUGUGGUGGCACGCACAUCACUCAUGGCAACGUGCUUCUGUGCAUGGCGCCUUCAUCAUCUACCCUCGCAUGCCUUACCCGUUCUCCUCUUCUCCCAUUCAAGCUGGAAUUCCGAUUAUCUUUGGUGAAUGGUGGAAUGGAGAUGUGGAAGAAGUUGAAAGUGAGAUGCUGAAAUCUGGAGGUGGACCUAACAUUUCUGAUGCCUAUACCAUAAAUGGCUUACCAGGACCUCUUUAUCCUUGCUCAGCCAAAGAUACUUUCAUUUCAACAGUAGAAAGAGGGAAAACUUACCUGCUGAGAGUAAUCAACGCAGCACUCAAUAAUGAACUCUUCUUUGCCAUAGCCAAUCACACAUUAACAGUGGUGGAGAUUGAUGCUGCUUAUACAAAACCCUUCAAUACCACAGCCAUCAUGAUAGCCCCUGGCCAGACCACCACUCUUCUGCUCAAUACGGACCAAAUUCCAGACUCCUCAGGAAUGUUUCCAAUGGCAAUCACACCCUAUGUAACUUCAGUUUUUCCCGUCAACAACUCCACCUCCAUCGCCUUCUUAAGAUACAACACCAGAAAAAUGAAUAAAAUUAACUCAGAAACAAAGUUCUCAUCCAAUCAAAUACCUGAAAACCUCCCUGAGAUGAAGAAUACGGCCUUCGCCACUGCAUUUUUUAACAAACUCCGGAGCCUCGGAUCUGCCCUGUACCCAUGCAAUGUUCCUAAAUCAGUUCAAAACAGAGUAAUCACAACGAUAAGCCUCAAUCUUCAAGAUUGCCCAUCGGGUAAAACCUGCAAGGGUUUGAAUGGGAAGAGAUUUUUUGCUUCGAUGAACAAUCAGUCCUUCGUCCGGCCGGCUUUGUCGAUAUUGGAAUCUCAUUACAGGAAGAUAACAACCAACUCCUACUCCUCUGAUUUCCCAAAAAGACCGCCGAAAGUUUUCGAUUACGCUGGAGUGAACCCACUGACCAAAAACAUGAACGUGAAAUUCGGGACGAAGCUUUUGGCGGUUCCCUACGGAACAGAAUUGGAAAUCGUGUUUCAGGGCACGAGUUUUCUGAAUGCGGAGAAUCAUCCCAUCCAUGUCCACGGGCACAAUUUCUUUGUUGUGGGGACGGGAUUUGGGAAUUUCGACGUGGCUAGGGAUCCGGCGAAAUACAACCUGGUGGAUCCGGCGGAGAGAAACACGGUGGCGGUGCCGAGGGGGGGAUGGGCGGCGAUCAGAAUUAGGGCAGACAAUCCAGGGGUUUGGUUCAUACACUGUCACCUUGAGCAGCAUACUUCUUGGGGUCUAGCGAUGGGCCUCAUCGUUCGAAACGGCGCCGGGGAAUCCGAAUCUUUGAUUCCUCCGCCCGAAGAUCUUCCCCCCUGCUGAUAGAAAUGUUUUGAUACUCUGUAAACUGAGACUAUGUAAUGGAAUAAUGUUUUGAGAAGCCAUUUUUGAGCUCAAGCAGCAAACUGAAGCCUUCGUACAGUAUCUGGCACGAAGCAGCAGCAGCAGCCAUUUCUAACUGGAAAAUGGACAUUUAAUUUCAAUAAGAUUUUUCGAGACUACAUUGUUAGAUAUUAAAAUUAAAGCAU